CCUCCUGCCCGGGUCGCCGCUCCGCCCGCCGCCCGGCCUCGCUCGGCCCCAGAGCAGGUUCCAGCCGCGCGGGGAGGGUUGGCAGCCUCGCGCUCUCCUUUCGGGCCUCGGGCACCGCGUCCUGCGAGGCGGCCGCCUUCGCCGCCCGCCCACCCACCCUCCUUCCCGCGGCCCCCGUCGCCGCUUGGGCCCCUCUCGGGCGACCGCUGCCAUGGGCACGGACAGCCGCGCGGCCGGGGCGCUCCUGGCGCGCGCCCGCACCCUGCACCUGCAGACGGGGAAUCUGCUGAACUGGGGCCGACUGCGGAAGAAGUGCCCGUCCACGCACAGCGAGGAGCUUCGAGAUUGUAUCCAGAAGACCUUGAAUGAAUGGAGUUCCCAAAUCAGUCCAGAUUCGAUCAGGGAGUUUCCAGAUGUGUUGGAAUGUACUGUGUCUCAUGCACUAGAGAAGAUAAACCCCGAUGAAAGAGAAGAAAUGAAAGUUUCUGCAAAACUGUUCAUUGUUGAAGCAAACUCUUCAUCAUCAACCAGAAAUGCAAUUGACAUGGCCUGUUCCGUCCUUGGAGUUGCCCAGCUGGAUUCUGUGAUCAUUGCUUCCCCGCCUAUUGAAGAUGGAGUGAAUCUUUCCUUGGAACACUUACAGCCUUACUGGGAGGAAUUAGAAAGCUUAGUGCGAAGCAAAAAGAUUGUUGCCAUAGGGACCUCUGAUCUGGACAGAACACAGUUGGAGCAACUGUAUCAGUGGGCACAGGUAAAACCAAAUAGUAACCAGGUUAACCUUGCCUCCUGCUGUGUGAUGCCUCCUGAUCUGACUGCAUUUGCAAAGCAGUUUGAUAUACAGCUGCUGACUCAUAACGACCCUAAAGAACUACUUUCUGAGGCAAGCUUCCAAGAGGCUCUUCGGGAAAGCAUCCCUGAUAUCCAAGCCCACGACUGGGUGCCCCUGUGGCUGCUGCGGUACUCUGUCAUCGUGAAGAGCAGAGGCAUCAUCAAAUCCAAAGGCUACAUCUUGCAAGCUAAAAGAAGAGGUUCCUAAGUGUGACUUGGGAGCACAGCCCCCUAAUCUGUAUUUUCCUUGAAGAUAAAAUUGAGGUGUACACAGAUCUUCAAGCUAUAUUUGACAGUAUGUUCUCUGCCAUGCUUUGCUCCUCCGUCAGCCCACUCACAUGAACAGCCAUAUUGUUCUCAUUAAACUUUUGUUUCCUUACUGAAAUUGCUUAUAGAGCAAAUACUUGCAAUAUAUUUUUCCUUUAUUUUUUAUGACUAAUAGAAAUCAGGAAAAUUUGUUGUUAGAUAUAUUUUGGCCUAGGUAUCAGGGUAAUGUAUAUACAUAUUUUUUAUUUCCAAAAUAAUUCAUUGCUUUUUACUCUGUAGUAUAAUUAAGCAAUUUAAUUACAGUUGUUAAAAAUGAAAUACUAGAAAAUAUUUUUCCUGUCAUUGAUAAAAUAAUUCUAUUUCAGAGUAACUGGAGAAGUUGGGAUCGACUAGUAAUGUAAAUAAAAUUCAUUCUUCAGUAUAUGAAUGGCAACUUAAAAUUUUUUGUGUGUCUUUGCUUAUAGUUUAAUGGUUUAACUUGUAUUCUUGUGCCAUAUUUUAUCCUCUGUCAUUUGCAAAAAUGGACCAAAGGAAACCAGAACUCUGAAAUUACUGUUUGCAUUUACCAUGUGAAAGGCACAAUAGGCUCUGGAGAGAGGGGGCACAGAGCUGCCAUUUAAAAAUCAGUUGAGUAAAAGGUAUGAUACUUGUAUUGCAUUAAUUCCUGACUAGGAGAAAGAAAGCCAGACAAGAAUAAAAAAAUACUUCAGUUCAGGACCUGUAGACCUAUGUACAUGUAGACCAUGCUGUUUCGGCUCAAUCUUAGCCAUUGUUUAGCAGGACAAUAUAAUAAAAACUUUAGAGUUAGAAGAGACUAUAGAACAUUGAGUAUAUAUUUCUUCCUUAGUUUAAGAACCAGAAAGUUGCAAAUAAGAAAUCCUGUGACCACAGAUCUCCUUAAUUCUGUAAACUUGUAUAUGUAACCCAAAUAGUUUGAAAAAAUUCUUUUUAAAUAUCUUGUAUCAUAUUUUUUAAGCCACAGGACUAUAUAAAACUAAUUUUGCUCAUUUUUUUAAGCUUACAGAAGAGAGGUACAGUUUCAUAUUCAAAAUAAAUGCAAUUUAUCCGUUUUCUCAAUGAGGUUUUGUGGUUGAUUGAAUAGCUUUAUAAAUAGAAUUAUAAUGGAAAAUCAGCUGAUUUGCCUGCUAAAAUGUGUUUACAUUUUGAGCUUGUUAAAGCCUUCUAGCAUUUAUAUUAGUUGUAUGUGAUGUUAUUAAAUACAUAAUUAACUUUCCAAUUUGUAAAUGUACACUAUUACGUGUAAGUCCUAAGGAAAUUAUAUUUUAAAUCUACAAUGACCUGAGAUUGUGAAGGAACUUAAAUAUUACAAUCACUGAUUAAAAAAAAAAUACCUAGUGUUCUCCUAAACUUAGAAUAAAUUAAAUCAUCUGAAGGUUAUUAACAAAAAGGCAAAACCACUGUAGUGUUUAAUUCAGCAGAAACUUUUUUUGUGAUCUCUCCCUUCCCCAUUCAAACUCUGACAAAGAAGCAAUAUUAUACAUUGAUAUGCGAUGGGAUCACAUGUGGGCUUGUUAAAUAAGUUAUGGUGUUUUACUCUGUACCUAGAACUCAAACCAGAUUUUUUUGAUUCCUUAUGACUUUCCAGCUUAUAUUCACAUCUUAUUUUUUUUCUAAGCAAAUGAUCAGAAUAUAGUAAAUAGUUUCCAAGUAUCUUAGUACUUAACAAGGCAUAAAUAAAACCAAAUAGUCACUUAAAACUAAAACUAACAAGUUUUAUGGGACAAUAGGAACCCAUUAACCCAACAUAGUAUUUAUUUAAUUGUGCUUAUCUAGUAAACAUAAAAAGAAGCUAUGGCUUGUGGGUUAUGUUUCCAAAAUACACAGGAACCUUACUUUAACAGGAUUUACUGUAACUUGAAAUUUGUUCUAUCACAAUUCUGUCUCAGAUUCCCAUCCAAGAAGCUAUAGGCACCAGAAGGACCAAGUGUCACAGUGUAAAUUCUGAGGACCAUGUGCCAGUUAGUAUGGAACUUGUUUAGGAAGGCUAGCUUUAGAACUUGCAGCAUAAUUAAUAGAUAAUCAUUUUUUAGUUCCCACAGCAGAUAAUCUGGUUCAGCACGUACAAAAUGGAAAAAUAAAGUUAAUCUAUCCACACUGCAUGAGUAGUUCAUAUUUUUCCAUACGAAGCAAGUAGUAAACAAAAUUAGGAUUUUAGUUUCCUGUGAUAGAAGGUCUAAGACCCAAUUCUUUCUUUAUAUAAAAUUUUCUUUCUAGGUUUUCUACACAGUAUUCAUAUCUGGGAAUAUAAGCAAUUAACAUUUAUUGUAUUUUGGCCAACAAUUCAUCUUUCUGUAAAUGUACAUUUAUAGAAAUAUGAAGCUAUUUUAAUGAGAAUUCAUUUUUUCAUACUCAAUUCACCAGUUUAUACUAAUGAACCUAAUUUUUCAGUCAGUAACUUCUUAAUGUAUCAAAAAUUGUUUCUAUCUUUCACCCACAAAGUUGGUGAAGGGAUAUAUCUACUUUACUUUUAGAAAAUGUUUUCAUUAUUUUUAUAGUUUUCAGAAUUAGAAAUAGUUAGAAAGGGAAGAUGUUUUGGAUAAUACUUUUUCCUGUGUGUUUGUAGUGGUAUACUAUAAAAUCAAAUCAAAUACAAAGCAUUAUCAAUUAAAUGUUUAUAAUUUUUAAUUUCACUUAUAUUGAAUUUAAUAAAAAUCAAGUGUGAGCUGUAUAUUUUUAAUUGAAUUGUUUCAACAGUCAGGUGUAUCCUGCAGCAUUAUACUGAUUUGGAACUAUUUACAUUAUGACUUGAAAAUAAAUUAUGAACAAUUUUUAAACAU